AUGUCUUCCCGGGUAUUACGUAAACUGAAGAAAGAUUCUGAAAAUUCGCUUGAUGACAAUAAUAAUUUUAGUGAUAAUGACGAUCCCAUCACCGGAGGUUCUGUUUUCUCCGAAUUCAGUAAUUGUUUUCCCUCACAGUUGAUAACUAUUCCUUCCUCUGAUGACAAUCCUCAGGAUCAUUGUGAAUCUUUUAAAUCCAAAAAGCGGAAAAAGAAAAAAAAUAAGCAAAAGGACAAAACUGGAAUAACCUACCAAUUAGGUAAUAUAAAACUUCCAAAUGACCCAGGGAUUGCUAAUCAAAAUAAACAAGUGAUAGAUUUGCUAAAAGUAAAUAUCAAGAUGCUAGAUCAUGUUGGGGAACUUAGUCGUUUGUUUGGGUCAGAAGUUAUCGGUGGGUCCGAAACAUAUUUACGAAGAAAACGAAGUCGCGUCAAACGUGGUAUGCUUGUAUCGAUAAAGUCCACUUGGCCACCUACUGUUCGAAUUGGCUUGAGUAUGGAACCUUUGGGUUGUGGUUCAUAUACUUUCGUACACAGUAAAGAAUAUCAAAAUAUCCAGAGGUCAUUUUACAAUGCUUUAGAAUCCAUGAAUCCAAAUAAUUUGAGUAGUAUAUUAUAUGAAAAUCCUUAUCACAUAGAUUCUUUACUACAGUUGAGCGAAAUAAUGAUGCACCAGGAAGAUACGACUGUAGGUACUGACCUUCUGGAACGCGCACUCCAUGCUUUUCAAUCAGCUUUCCAUCCAUCCUUUAAUCCAUUCAACGGUUCUUGUCGUCUAGACUUUAAGCGUCAAGUCAAUCGUGGUUUGUUUGUAGCACUUUUCCGCUAUAUCUUGAAAAUUAGUGAACGGGGCUGUCAUCGAAGUGCACUGGAAUAUUGCAAAUUAUUGUUAAGUCUUGAUUAUGAAGAUGAUCCUUUGACAGUCCUACUCAUGAUAGAUCGUUAUGCUAUUUACUCCAGGCAGUAUAGUUUCCUAAUUGAUUUAUAUGAUAGCCUAAAUGGUUCGCGCAACUUGUACUUGCUUCCCAAUUUUGGUUUAUCUAUACCAUUGGCUCGUAAGUUGAUUGGUGAAGAUCCAGAGAAAUGUGAUAAAAACAAGAUGAGUGUGGAUGAAUCUUUGCAAGAUGCUUUAAUCAUGUUUCCCGGAUUUGUGUCGCGCUUACUUAAACAUACAAGUAUCGGGGGUAUUACAAAUCUUGAAAAAUCUAUCCUUUUUGGAAGAGAAGUUCUAUUGAGUGAAUCAGAUAGUCUUGGUUGUUUACUAAGUCUAUAUGUCGCUCGCAUGCAUCCUCUUUGGUCCUCACCCAACGUCCUUCCGUGGCUGGAAAAAAAUAUUGCGACUGUUUUAAAUUUGGUUGAACCUAAACAAUUGCAUCUUUCUGAGUCUAAUACUAUUGAUCCACGUCUUUCUGAAUAUUCCAAAAGACGAAAAACUCUUUAUCCUGUUUUCCCACCGAAGAUUUUGAGGCACCUGAUUUUGUCCGAAGUUUCUGAAGCUCCACCCAUUUUACCCCGAAAUUUAACAAGUUCUCCUAUCUAUACAUUUGAUCCUCUUCCACCCAGAAGUUCUAUCAAUAUUUACGAUCCAGAGGAAGAAAGACGUCGCGUUCGUGAAACUAUGGCUGGAAGUGGAUUUCUCAACGGUCUUCUAUCAUCAUUCUUACCCUCAAGCUCUAUAAAUGCUGAAUUGGCUCUUCGUGGUCCUUCUGGUACACCAACAGUCAAUGAAACUGCUUCUGGUAGUAUUGGUGGAAUCGUACGUUCAGCAGCGGAAACGUUCUCUGCUACUCUUAGACAAGUGUUAGAUAUGAUUGAUAUUCGUACAGUUGGCUUGGAGUACGAAGAUAAUAAUCAUAAUAAUUCUUCUGAUGAAGCUCCUUAA